AGAAAAGAAUGUGGGGAUAAUUUACGUAUGCAACUCUUUGGGCAGCGGAUGAUCCGAAUACCGUUGACGAGAGGGCUCUCUUUUCGGACGCCGUAGUCGUCCGCCUCCCUCGGGUACCUGAAAAUCCUAGGUCAGACCAUCUCCUCCGCGUCGGUUGCUGGCAAGCCGUUACUCUGUAUCUGCGUUGAGGGACCCUGAAUAAAUUUCCCAGUGUUCUCCUUGUCAUUGCACCAGCAUCAGCACUGGUAUCAGCGCCAACACCAGAUUUCAGCACCUUUCGUCUUCUUUUUUGGAAACAGACAAAUUUGAACACAAUGGAGGCGAUAGCGAAUAUUACCCGCCUGGAAACUCCGGUCCACCCUUAUUAUCCUUUGGAAAUUCAAAUCGUUGGAUACGUCGCAAAUCAAUUAUCCGUUCCUCAUCUUCUCGUCAGUUUCGCAGCGGGAUGUGCCGCCAUCUUCUCCAUCACCACUGUGAUUGUGACGAAGAUCCGGCCUCAUUUGCCUCGUUCAGAAUUGCUCACCGUCUUGUGGUUUGUCUUGUCAGGAUGCAUUCACUUGUUCUUCGAAGGCUACUACGUCCUCAAUCACACUCGUAUGGGCGGUCAAAUGGAUCUGUUCGGUCAGCUUUGGAAGGAAUACUCUCUCUCCGACUCUCGAUACCUCACUAGUGAUCCCUUCGUUCUGUGCAUGGAGACCAUUACUGCGGCUGCAUGGGGCCCCCUCUCCUUCCUGGUGGCUGCUCUCAUUACGACCGAGAGCCCGUUGCGCUAUCCCCUGCAGGCAAUCGUCUCGCUCGGACAACUGUACGGUGAUGUCUUGUAUUAUACGACGAGCAUGUUCGACCACUUCCACAAGGGUCUCUCAUACUGCCGUCCUGAGUCGUACUACUUUUGGGGAUACUACUUUUUUAUGAACACCUUCUGGAUCAUCAUACCUCUUGUUCUUCUUUACAACAGUGUUACCGCCACGGCGCGCGCCUUCAAAAUUGCUGAGCAGACUGCUGGAAAGACCCGCCAGAAGAAGCUCAAUUAAAAGAACGGGGAUCUCAGUGAAAAAACGCAUCACCGAGGGAUAAAUCUUCUUUCCCGGCUCCGAGGAGAUAUCACUCCUCCAUGGGAUAUUUCGUCGUCGAGCCGAUAUAUUUUUCCGUGCUAUAGAAGCAUAUAUUGUACACAUAGACAAUUAUCUAGAUCGACUACGAUAGUGUAAUGUAAUGAACCAUAUCAGAGUUACAGCAGUAAGUGCAACUAGCUCAAUGACUUUUGAUCGGUUAAUAUAAGCCCAACAAAAGGAAAUAAAUGAAGUUUUUGAUGGGUUUUAUUCCGGACAAAUACAUUUGUCGUCAUUCAAGGUAGCAGGGCGAUAGUCACUAUAAAUCCGAUUUGCAAACACUAGUAACAGUGUAAUUUACUGCGUCGAGAGACCAAAGAGGCCAGAAUGCCUUCACCAGAACGGAAGAUUGAGGUCACGCUGCC